AGCUGGGACUGGUUCCUGCCACCUCCCCGAGCCCCUGCACUCUUGUCUCUCUCUGUCUCCACAGCAGCGUCACCGGCUCCCGGAUCCUGCCAGCCGUCCAGCUCUACAGGCACCAUGAGGAGCGCCAUGCUGUUCGCGGCUGUCCUCGCCCUCAGCUUGGCAUGGACCUUCGGGGCUGCGUGUGAGGAACCUCAGGAGCAGGGUGGGAGGCUCAGUAAGGACUCUGAUCUCUCUCUGCUACCUCCACCCCUGCUUCGGAGACUCUACGACAGCCGCCCCAUCUCUCUGGAAGGAUUGCUGAAAGUGCUGAGCAAGGCUAGCGUGGGACCGAAGGAGACAUCACUUCCACAGAAACGUGACAUGCACGACUUCUUUGUGGGACUUAUGGGCAAGAGGAACAGCCAACCAGACACUCCCGCUGAUGUGGUUGAAGAGAACACCCCCAGCUUUGGCGUCCUCAAAUAGGCCAGCAGUGCAGAAAAGCACUCCACUCUCAGACCCUGGACUGCAUCAUAAAGACAGGGUCCCUGUGGCGGUCCCAGUGCCUGCGCUCCUGCUUCCCUGCCUGCAAGGUCCUCCUGUUGGCUCCCUUCCCUACUCUGCACAGAUGCUGCAUAUGAACAGCCUCUACCCCCAUAUCAAUUAUGGUUUCUGUAGUGUCCUGCAUUAAAAAUACCAUGUCUCCUCCUCAACAAUAAAGGGUUUUUACAAUGGAGUGACUGA